CUUCUUGGAGAUGGCGUAGUGUUCUGUUUGGGCGUGACUUGUUAGCUCAGGGUCUUCGUUGUCAGGUGGGAGAUGGUUUUUCGAUUAGAGCUUUUUUAGAUCCAUGGCUGCCAAUAUCUCCACCUACCAUCCCAAAAACUAGAAUUGGUGCACCUUCCGCCUCUCCGUACGUGGCAGCUUUCAUUGAUCCGAGGUCCAGAUCCUGGAACAUUCAUAUGCUUCGCCUGUACUUCGAUGACAGCAAGGUUCAAUUGAUUUGUGGAAUUCCUCUAUCCCGUCAAAGGUUUUGCUGAUAAAUUUAUUUGGCAUUUUGAAGCUACAUGUCUUUUUUAAGUUAAAUCAGCCUAUCUUUUGGUGAGUCAAAUGCAACCUUCUUCUUCCCCAAAGCAACUGGCGCCUUUCACUGAUCGUCUCUUGUGGCAAUGGGUGUGGAACCGGAAGGAAGUUUUGGAGGCUUAUUGGUUCGCAGGGGCUUUGGGGAUCUUCGGAGAACUUUCAUAGGGUUCAUUCGUCAUACCCUCAUGAAGAUAACUGGUGAAGAGGCGGAUUACAUAAUUUUGCAGGUGGUUUGCUUGCUUUGGAGGUUGUGGAAGAAUCGUUUUACAAUGGUUUUUCAAUUCAAGCAAAUUCGCUUGGAUGAUUUGGCAAACCAAUGGUUACAUCAAGUGAAGGACGUGGACCAAGUGUUACUAAUCUCAACUUCAGAGUCGCGAUCGGGAUCCGCAACAGCUCAACAGGUGGGAUUGUUGUGGCUUCUGCCAGACACUAUGAAGCCAUUGUUGAUCCAUAUGUUUUGGAAGCAUUGACGAUGCGUGACUGCAUUGCUGAUUGUCGUCGACGUGGGCUAUAUGAUCUCACAAUAUGUGGUGAUGCAAAAUUGAUCAUUGAAAAAUGUUUGACUAGGGAUG